AUGUACCAGUUCGUGAUGAAGGAACAAACUUUCCACCACAUCGCCAAUACCUUGAGUGGAUUGUGGCUUUUCGUGAUCCUUGACCUGGUCCCAACGGAGAAGAGCAGACGAGAGCCUUUGGGCCAACAGCGCCUCGCAGCCAUGAGUGAGGUGUGCUACAAUGUUGCCGGCUCCUGUUACGAUCUUGACAUCGCUGACUGCCUUUACCGGACAGCUGCGCUGCUUGACUCCGUGAAGGACGAAGGGUGGAAGUGUUUGCCACGUGCUGAUCAUUACCACCCUGUCUACAUCGUCGCCUACGGGAAGCGGGAGACAACUGCACCAUCCAGUUUCGGUCGUGCCUCCGUGGAUGAGGCGAGGCAGCAUAAGCGGUCCUGUCAGGAGGCUGCGAGUGAUGUCCGGGCUUUGGGCACGUGUCUGGAGGCUAGGCACAGGUCGGACUCCGACAUGUGUGGCGUCAUCCAGUCUCUGCGAACUAGUGCCGCAGAACUUGACCGAGUAUGCAUUGGUUUGGCUUGCUUCAUCGAGACGACGCUGAACAAUGACCCACGAGCUCUCCGAAGCCCGACCUCCAUAAUGCCAGCCACAGCGAAACCGGCCUAG